CUCGGAUCCACCCGAGUACAUAUCCGAUUAAAGAGAAUCUCUGUCCGCCGGAAGAUGAAGAAGAUACUGGUGACCGGCGCCACCGGUUACCUCGGCGGAAGGCUGUGCGCCGCCCUUCUGAGGGACGGCAACUCCGUCCGCGCCCUCGUCCGCCCCACCAGCGAUCUUUCCACCCUCCCCCGCGGCGAGGCCCUUGAGCUCGCCUAUGGCGACGUCACUGACUAUCGCUCCCUAGCCGACGCCGUCUCCGGCUGCCACGUCAUCUUCCACGCUGCCGCUCUCGUCGAGCCCUGGCUUCCCGACCCUUCGAAGUUCUUCUCCGUCAACGUCGGAGGUUUGGAGAAUCUCCUGCGAGCGGUGAAGGAGUCGGACGCCGUCGAGAAGAUCAUCUACACGUCGUCGUUCUUCGCGCUCGGACCUACCGACGGACAUGUCGCCGAUGAGAGCCAAGCUCAUCACCAGAAAUUCUUCUGCACGGAGUAUGAGAAAUCGAAGGUUGCAGCCGGUAAACUUGCACUGCGAGCUGCAACGGAGGGGUUGCCCAUUGUAAUGGUGUUUCCCGGGGUUAUCUACGGGCCCGGAAAGCUCACAGCUGGGAAUGUCGUUGCUCGUUUGUUGAUAGAACGGUUCAGUGGAAGGUUGCCUGGUUACAUUGGUAAAGGCAGUGACAAGUACUCGUUCAGUCAUGUGGACGAUGUGGUGGAGGGGCAUAUUGCUGCGAUGCACAAAGGCCGAAUUGGUGAAAGAUAUCUGCUCACCGGAGAAAAUGCUUCCUUCAUGCAUGUUUUCGAUAUAGCUGCUAUCAUCACCGGAACAAGCAGGCCGAGGAUUCACCUCCCAUUGUGGGCAAUUGAGGUGUAUGGAUGGUUGUCCGUUUUCUUCUCCCGUAUCACUGGAAAGCUUCCUCUCAUCAGUCCCCCGACUGUUUAUGUUCUGAGGCACCAGUGGGCAUAUUCAUGUGAGAAAGCUAAAGCAGAGCUCGGAUAUAGCCCUCGAAGCCUCAGAGAAGGGCUAGAAGAGAUGAUCCCUUGGCUGAAGAGCUUAGGACAGAUCAAAUACUGAGAACAUAGAAACCUUUUGAUAUCACUGCACUUAUGUUCUUACGCUCGGAUCAACAACGGAGUGCCGCUGCGAACCAUGACUUCCCAGCUGGACUCGUGUAAAAUAAGGACAUGUGAUUUGAUAUGAUAUUUGUAAUGUUACUGACAAUUCUGAAGGA